AUGGCAACCAGCGCUUACGAAUUAUCAAAAACUUACCGUUAUCGCAAGGUGAUGAAGCCGCUAUUGGAGCGCAAGCGUCGUGCGCGCAUCAACCAAUGCCUCGAUGAACUCAAAGAGCUGAUGGCCGAAUGCGUGCAACAGGAAAGUGGCGAACCGGAGGUGAAAUUGGAAAAAGCCGACAUACUCGAAUUGACAGUCGAACAUUUGCGUAAAAUGCGCCAACAGCAGUCUAAGUCAAAGAGCGCAAAUGAAGGCGCACGCCAAAGCUUUCGAUCCGGCUACAUUAAGGCGGCGCAUGAAAUUUCACGUUGUCUCGCCACAUUACCAAAUGUAGAUGUACAAUUGGGCACACAUUUGAUGACACAACUUGGCCUGCGUCUUAAUCAAUUGGAAUGCCAGUAUCAGGAGGUGCGCACUACUAUCAAUCAACCGUUAAGCGUUAACUGUGGUGCAGCUACUCUCUCAUCAUCAUCCAGUGCCUCCAUGUACAGCCCGGUUUCCAGCGGCUAUGCCAGUGACAAUGAAUCGACUACCUCAAGUCAAACAGCAGCGACCAGCAGUGGACUGCUACAGGUGUUGUCAGCAAAUGUGUGGCGUCCUUGGUAA